GUUAAAAUAUUUGCCUCGAUUAAUCACUCAUCUCUCUCUCUCUUUCUCUCUCUAUAAAGACCCCAAAGGACUGUUGCACAAUGUUUUCCUACGUGAUGGCCUUUCUAUUUUAUCAUAUUCUGAAGCUCGAUCUCCUACUAGUUUAGCUGUUUAUAUAUGCUUCCAAAUUCUAUAUAUAUAAACUUAGUGCCACUUUACAUACCAUAAACAAGAAAAUGUCAUCAGCAGGUGAUCGAUCGUUGGAGCAAACUCCAACAUGGGCUGUUGCAGUUGUCUGUUUUGUGCUCGUUGCAAUUUCAAUCGUCAUCGAACACAUCAUUCACUUAAUUGGAAUGUGGUUAACAAAGACAAACAAAAAAGCCCUUUUUGAAGCACUAGAAAAGAUUAAAUCAGAGCUUAUGCUAUUGGGAUUUAUAUCACUGCUGCUAACAGUGGGACAAGGACCAAUAUCAGAAAUAUGUAUACCAGAGGCCAUUGGAGAUACUUGGACUCCAUGCGACCGCGACGACAUGGAAGAUAACAUGGAGGAUGCAGAUGACAACAGACGAAGAAGGCUUCUUGCUGCUUUCUCCGACUCCUCCGGCUGGAGUACUGACGAUCAUCGACGUGUUCUAGCCGCAGCUAAGUAUGGCAAAUGUGCAGAGGGUAAAGUUCCGUUUGUGUCCACUUAUGGCAUCCACCAACUGCACAUAUUCAUCUUCGUGUUAGCUGUUUCCCACAUCCUUUAUGGUAUUAUCACUUUGGCUUUAGGUCGAUUAAAGAUGAGAAAGUGGAAGUCAUGGGAAAUGGGAACGAGGACAAGCGAAUAUCAAUUCUCACACGAUCCGGAGAGAUUUAGGUUUGCGAGAGAGACGUCGUUUGGAAGAAGGCACCUCCACUUCUGGAGUCAAUCACCCAUUCUUCUUUGGAUAGUUUGUUUCUUCCGACAGUUUUUUAGAUCAGUUCCAGAGGUUGACUAUUUAACUCUUCGCCAUGGAUUUAUUAUUGCACAUUUGGCACCACAGAGUCAGAUAAAUUUUGAUUUUCACCAGUACAUCAAGAGAUCGCUUGAGGAAGAUUCCAAAGUCGUUGUAGGGAUUAGCCCAACAAUCUGGUUCUGUGCAAUAUUGUUCUUACUAUUCAAUACCAAUGGCUGGUAUUCGUAUUAUUGGCUACCCUUCAUUCCACUCAUUAUAAUCCUUUUGGUGGGGACAAAGCUACAGGUGAUCAUAACCAAGAUGGGGCUGAGGAUUGGAGACAGAGGAGAGGUGGUUAGGGGAGUCCCAUUGGUUCAGCCUGGUGAUGACCUCUUCUGGUUCAACCGUCCUCGUCUUCUAAUCUACCUCAUCCAUUUUGUUCUCUUUCAGAAUGCAUUUCAAAUCGCCUUCUUUGUAUGGGCAUGGUAUGAAUUUGGCUUGCACUCUUGUUUUCAUGAGAAAGUGGAAGAUAUUGUCAUCAGGUUAUCAAUGGGGAUCCUCAUACAGAUACUUUGCAGCUAUGUAACACUCCCUCUCUAUGCCUUGGUAACACAGAUGGGUUCAACCAUGAAGCCAACCAUCUUCAAUGAGAGGGUGGCUAAGGCUCUACACAAUUGGCACCAAACUGCAAAGAAACACCUCAAACAGAACCGCCAAUCAGGCGCAGUGACGCCAUUGCCGAGUAGGCCGACCACUCCACUGCAUGGCUUCUCACCUGUUCAUCUUCUACGUCACUACCGGAGUGAGCUUGAUAGUGUUCAUAGAUAUCCAAGGCUUUCCAGCUUUGACAAUGAAGUUUGGGAAGCUGAGGGCUGUGCUUCACGCUCUGUUUCACCCCAGAACGAAGACGAGCAAUGGUCUCAACAGUCUAAAAAUCAUUGUAUAGUGGAAGAUGAGAAAGAAGCUCAGGAGAUGAGCUACACAGUAUCAGCCCCUUAGGCUCUCCGUGUUCAACACACGGUUGACAUACGUACAACAGAUUUCUCAUUCGAAAGAUCAAGAAUCUGAAUACUUCAAAAGACGAUCUAGUGUUGUCUUUCCUUAACCAAGUUUGUUUGUUUUACCAGCAAAUGUACAAUUGAAUCCCAGACACAGUGGUUCAAGUCUCAAAUAUAUCAACUUGUUCCAAAUCACAGAUUGCUUCA